GUGGAAUGUGAGCUUAUCUAUUUCGAGCAGCUACUUUUAAGGUUUGCGCGAAAUCAACACUCGCAAGUUCAGAAGUUAUUUAAGCGGCAAAUUGGUAGAAAGUUCUUCAGUCGCGGGUUGUACUUAGAGAACAAACAGACACAAUGGCGGACAAAGAAAAGAAGGUUAAGAAGAAGAAGAAGGAAGAAGGAGGUGAUGCACCAGCCGCCCCAGCCGCCGAAACUCGUACAUCCUCCAAGAGCUCGUCCAAGAGAGCUAAACGUUCUGGUUCCAAUGUGUUCUCUAUGUUCUCCCAGGCUCAAGUGGCAGAAUUCAAGGAAGCCUUCCAACUGAUGGACCAUGACAAAGAUGGUAUCAUCAGCAAGGAAGACUUGAGGGCAACCUUCGAUGCUGUUGGCAAGAUCGCCAGCGAGAAGGAACUCGACGAGAUGGUCCGUGAAGCUCCUGGAGCUAUCAACCUUACCCAGUUAUUGGGUCUCUUCGGAUCACGUAUGGCCGACUCCGGUGGUACCGACGAUGACGAAACUGUCAUUGCUGCUUUCAAAUCUUUUGAUGAAGGUGGCACCAUCGACGGUGAGAAAUUCAGACACGCUCUGAUGACCUGGGGUGACAAGUUCACCGCCAAGGAAGUCGAUGAUGCGUUUGAUGCCAUGGACAUCGAUGACAACGGCAGAAUCGAUACCGGCGCCUUGAUCACCCUCCUCACUGCCGCCCAAGAGGAGGAAGGAGAAGGUGAAGCCGCCUAAAUACUACAAUCAUUUCAAAAAUCAUGCCACCUAAUACCCGCGAACGGCAAUGUCACGUGACACAACAGGAGCUCACUAGGCAGAUCCGUCCACCAAAGUGAGAUGUGCACAACUUACUGUUAAGUCGCCCAUUAUACCUUGGGGCGGUUUUUAAAUUAAUUUUACUUUUUUUUCUUAAUAAACAAUUACAUUUCCUAUUUUUGUGUA